AUGGCAGCCAACAAGACCAAACCCCGCGGCCCGAACAACCCUUCAAAGCCCGAACCCGAAAAAACCAUUGAGGAGACCUAUCAGAAGCGCACGCAGCACCACCACAUCCUCCUCCGGCCCGACACCUACAUCGGGUCCGUCGUCAAGAGCAAGCAGAGCCUCUGGGUUUUCGAGGGGGGCAAAAUGGUGAAUCGGGACAUUGCAUACGUGCCCGGCCUCUACAAGAUCUUCGACGAGAUCUUGGUCAAUGCCGCCGACAACUGCCAGCGGGACCCGUCCAUGGACCGGCUGGAGGUCGAAAUCGACGCCGGAGCAAAUUUCAUCAGCGUGUUCAACAACGGCGAGGGGAUUCCGGUGGCCAUUCACGGGUCGGAGAACGUUUAUGUGGCCGAGAUGAUUUUCGGGCAGCUAUUGACGAGCAGCAAUUACGACGACAGCUGUAAGAAAACAACCGGGGGGAGGAACGGGUUCGGGGCCAAGCUGACGAAUAUUUUCUCAACUGAAUUUGUUGUCGAGUCCGCUGAUGCGAAGAGGAGGAAGAUGUAUAAGCAGGUGUUUUCAGAUAAUAUGAACAAGGUUUCCCCACCCGUGAUCACAAAUUACAAUGGGGAGAGUUGGACGAGAGUCUCGUUCAAGCCCGACUUGGCCAAAUUUCAGAUGGACCAUCUCGAAGCUGAUGUGUUGGCAUUGAUGAAAAGGCGAGUGGUUGAUGUGGCUGGAUGUAUAGGAGAGACUGUAAAUGUGGUGUUGAACGGAGAACAAGUUCCUGUGAGCUCGUUUGCCGAUUAUGUUGAUCUAUACCUUGAGGCCCGGUUUGGUGACAAGAAAGAUUCCAUCCCGAGGUUUGUGGAAAGAUUUAACGAUAGGUGGGAAAUAUGUGUGUGCGUACGAGACAGCCAUUUUGAGCAGGUCAGCUUUGUGAAUGCAAUUGCUACUAUGAAGGGAGGGACUCAUGUGGAUUACGUGAUCGAUCAGCUCAUAGAUUAUGUAUACGAAAAAAUUGACCAGACAAGUCCAAACAUCUUCUUGCGGCCACAUCUCGUGAAGAGUAACCUUUGGGUGUUUGUAAAUGCCCUGAUCGACAACCCAUCUUUUAACUCUCAAACAAAACUCACUCUAACGACUAAGUUCGAAGAUUUUGGGUCAACGUGUGUACUGCAUGACGACUAUCUGGAAGAAGUUUGUAAAGCUGGAGUGGUGGACAAUAUUAUGUCGUGGGUUAAAUAUAAGCAGAAGAGAGAAGAAAAGAGGGCCGAGAAGGAGAAAAGGCAGAGGAUUACUGGAAUUACCAAGCUCGAGGAUGCUAAUGAAGCUGGCAGUGAACGUGCGAGAGAGUGUACUUUGAUCUUGACUGAAGGAGAUUCUGCAAAAGCUCUUGCUAUGGCUGGGAUAUCUGCUGUUGGCAGAGACUGUUAUGGGGUCUUUCCCCUGAGAGGUAAACCGCUUAACGUACGAGAGGCUAAUGACUUCCAGAUAAAUGGUAAUGAAGAAAUCCAGAGUAUCAUGAAGAUCCUUCACUUGGAGUACAACAAGCAGUAUAACUCAGUUGAGGACUUGAGAUAUGGACAUGUGAUGAUUAUGACUGAUCAGGAUCAUGACGGGUCUCACAUUAAGGGAUUACUGAUUAAUCUUUUUCAUUCACUGUGGCCAUCACUGUUAAAGAUUCCAUCUUUUCUUCUUGGGUUCAUAACACCUAUUAUAAAGGCAACAAGAGGUGGACAAAUUUUGUCUUUCUACUCGAUUCCUGAAUACGAGUCCUGGAAGCAAGGGUUAGGGGGGAACACUAGUGGCUGGUCUAUCAAGUACUAUAAGGGACUCGGAACUAGCACUUCUAAGGAGGGGAAAGAAUAUUUUCAAGCUCUUGAAAAGCACAAAAAAGAUUUUCUGUGGUUGGAUGAGGAGGACAAUGAUGCAAUUGAGCUAGCAUUCAGUAAGGACAAGAUACAAGCAAGGAAAGAAUGGCUCCAAAAAUACGAGCCUGGCACAUUUCUUGAUCAGAAAGAGAAGCAUGUAAAAUACAGCGACUUUGUCAACAAGGAGCUCAUUCAAUUCUCAGCUGCUGAUCUCAAGAGAUCAAUCCCUUGUAUGGUUGACGGCUUAAAACCGGGCCAAAGGAAGAUUCUGUUUAGCUGUUUCAAGAGAAACUUUAUCCAGGAGGCUAAGGUUGCUCAGUUUUCCGGUUACGUGUCCGAGCAUACGGUCUAUCAUCAUGGAGAAGCAAGCCUGGCCAAAACCAUUGUGGGGAUGGCACAAGAUUAUGUGGGAAGCAACAAUAUUAACUUACUUCAGCCCAAUGGUCAAUUCGGGACUCGCCAUCAGGGAGGGAAAGAUCAUGCCAGUGCAAGGUAUAUCUACACGUGUUUGUCCCCCAUCACGCGUUUUCUGUUCCAUAUAAACGAUGAUGCUCUCCUUCACUACCUUAGUGAAGAUGGACAGUCUGUGGAGCCAGCUUGGUACGUGCCCAUAAUUCCUAUGGUCCUAGUUAACGGCAGUGAAGGAAUCGGAACAGGAUGGAGUACGUAUGUCCCGAACUAUAAUCCAAGGGACAUCAUUGCAAAUGUGAGGCACUUUCUAAAUGACGAGCCCAUGGAACCCAUGAUGCCAUGGUAUAAAGGAUUCAAGGGCACGAUUGAGAGAAUAAACGCAAAGGAAGCUGGAGAAAGUUACGCCGUAAAAGGAAUUAUCCAAGAAGUGAAUAAAACAACAGUCAGGAUCACAGAGCUUCCUGUUCGUAAGUCCACCGAGGAUUACAAGCAGUUUCUAGACACGCUCUUAUCAAAAGGCGGUAGAAACAAAGAGCAAUUUAUCAAGGACUUCAGGGAAUUCAACGAUGAUAAAACCGUGCAUUUUGAGAUAUAUAUGACCGAAAAGAACCUGGCAAUUGCGAAAGACGAAGGCUUGAUAGAGAAGUUUAAGCUCAGCACGACCAUCAGCACCAGCAACAUGCAUCUGUUUAACUCGAAUGGAGCGCUUGUCAAAUAUUCUUCUCCUGAGAAAAUUAUUGAGGAAUUCUGCGGCUUGAGACGUGAAUUUUAUGAGAAGAGGAAAGGAUUCAUGCUGAGUAUGCUUGAAAGAGAGCUUCUGAAGCUGGAAAACAAGGUCCGGUUCGUAAAUGCAGUUGUUGAUGGAAAAAUCAUUAUAAUGAACCGAAAGCGAAAAGAUUUGCUGGCUGAGUUGAAGCAGAAAAAGUUCGCCCCAUUCCCUAGUAAUAAUAACACAACAGGGUCUUCUAAUCCAACAGAGAACGAGUACGGAUAUCUAUUGUCAAUGCCAAUUGGCACUUUAACGAGCGAGAAUGUUCAACAACUGUGUGCUCAGAGGAAAAGGCUCAAAGAUGAGGUUGACGGCCUAAGGCAUGCGACUCCAAAGUCUUUGUGGUUGAAGGAUUUGGAUGCACUCGAACAGAAACUCAAUCUGCAAUCGAAUAUUUAUGAUCGUCCAGAGAACACGAGAUCUGAGGUUAAUGCUGAGAUUUCCAAAAGGCCUAAGAGGACUAUGAAGAAGAAAAAGAAAGGAAGUUCAGAAAAGCAUGCCAAUGAUAAAGAUGCCUUAGCUGAAAUUCAUAUUAUCCCAUCAAACGAUACAGGAAGAACUCUGCAAGCAGUGGAACCACAAUGCAUGCAACGAAAAGAUGAUGUAGCACCUAUGACAAAUCCCCCACCGGUACAUGAGGAUGAGGGCAAAGGGCUUGAGCAAAAUCAAGACCAAGCCAAACAGAAUCUAUCUCCAGAGAAAUCUACAGGAAAAGCUCCCGGGGCCAUGGAUUCACGAGGCAUACAAGAAGAAAAGGAUGAAGCGCCUAAGCCAAAUCCGCCAUCACUUGAAUUAGACGAGACCAGAGGACUCGAGCAGAGAGGGAGAAUGGCUGAUCCAACUUCAUUGCCAGAUAAAUCAAGAGAUAUGAUGCUACCGGAAGGCAUUGAAGCCAAGAAAGCCGACCCAAGUAUUAUAGAAAUUUCUGACACUGACGAAGAGAAGGCUGACACUAGAAUAGUAGCACCCGACUGUAAAAAGGCUCGAAAACCAUCAGCUCGUAAAACCUCAAAAGACGCACAAAAUAAGCAUCAUGCAAUGAUUACAAGGAAGAGAGGUAAAACGAACAGGGAAAAUGGAGGCACGCCAUUGGCUAACGACACAAGCAGAGUUGUCUUGAAAGCGAUUGAAAACAAUCCUGUGCUUUCGCCGGAGAAGAAACUGAGAAAAACGAACGAGCGUCCUUUUAGGAAAAAGAAAAGCAGUCAUUUUGAUGCAAAAGGAGAGAAGGAAAAUUGUCCGAGCCGAGGCAAUAGCAACUAG